AUGAAGGCUGUACACGUUCACCGUAUCCAGUGUUAUGACUAUCAGCCAUCCGCGUUUACAUGCCUGGCUAGGUCAUCGAUCGAUGGACUGAUUGCGGCCGGCCGCGCUGAUGGUGCAGUUGAGAUAUAUGAUGAGAAACGUGAAUUCGUGAUGAUUGCUCGUAUUCCCCAUACCCUACUGAAGUCUGUGGAAUCAUUGGGCUGGUCUGAAGGUCGUUUAUUCUGUACCGGCGCCUUGGGUCAAAUUCACGAACUAGAUUUGCACAAGUCCUCAAUAAAGGUUGGAAAUGACGAGGGAUUCAUCACAGUAUUCUCUACCGAGUCUUCUUUGAUUUCCCAAAUUCAAACAUUUCCCCAAUUGAACGGGAAAAUAUUAGCCAUAGCUGCGUCUAGCACACCUGGUUCCCUCCACCUCAGCAAAUCGAAGUCUUUGAUCGCCGCAAGCACAGAUCGGGGUACUCUGGUUACCAUAACCUAUACACAAAACUCAUCAACUGUGCACCGCGUGCUCCUCACAGAAUCGGUCUCCACGAUUGUUUGGUCUCUUCUGUUUGUUAGAAAUCUUCUAUUCUCUGGAGAUAAUUGUGGCAAUGUGUGUAUCUGGGAUCCUCGCACCGGCGGUUUGAUUCAAACUUUUCCCAGUCACGUUGGUCUUGUGCUCACAUUGACCGUGUCCGAUGACUCGUUGACUGUGUUCAGCGGUGGAACCGACGCCAUGGUUCGAAAAUAUGUAUGCAUGUCAUCAGAACUAGCAGAACCUCGUUGGGAAUUGGGAGGUCUGUUACGCGGUUGUCGGCGUGAUAUUCGUGGACUUGCCUAUUUACCCGGUCUGUCUUAUGAUCCCGAGACCGAGGCAAAUAAUUCAGAUGCACGAUUCGAACCACAUCGCCUAUUGGCUGUCGGUAUGGACGCCCGACUGCAAUUGUUGUCCUGUUCCCAGGCCGAGUCCGUGCGUGUCGGUCCAGCUCGAGCACACAGCACAUUAGCCUCACAAGUUGGUCGACCGCGUGAUGACUCCAACACCGCUGUGGUUGCGCAUGUAGCCGCAUUACCUUUUUGGCCAUGGUCAGUUGUUCCCGGGCGUAGCCAACCGGCCCAGUAUUCCACAGAUUUGUCGCACUUGGGGAGAACUUGGUGCCUGCUGCACUAUCCGGAACGAUUGAUCUUGAUGCGUCUUGCUGAAGUUGAAUCUAAAAUGGGAUCAUUUGCAGAUAACGAUGAGCGUUUGAUAAAUCCUCUUCAUGGUCCAUUGCAGCUGGCUGAAAUCCGUCCCAAACCCGGAACCGAGGUGGUUUGUUGCUCCCUGACCGCCACCAGCACUCCACUGAUUGCGUAUUCGGAUUUGGCUCGCACUUGUGUGCUUCGUGUAUCAUGCGGGAACGAAUGCCGUACACGUCACGGCGAGCAUUCAGGUGGUUACGUGGUGAUAACAAGAGAGAGAGAGCAACACAAUAACAAUUCGAAAUGGAAACGUCAGUGUAUCGUAGUGGUAAAAAAAAUCAUUCUAGGAGUCGGAUUUCGGAAAAUGUCCGAAGCAAUUCUUGGAAGAAGUAUCGAGGAAGGUGAUGUUUACGUAGCUGAUUAA